UGCACUUGACUACGAUAGAUCUAUACGGGUUUAAACAUUGUCAAACCCGAUAGCACAAAGGACAAAAUGGCGGUGAAAGGCAUUUGGUUAAUGGGAGAUAGGUGUUUUUAAUAAAAUAAAGGAAACGACCUUUAAUAGACUAAGAACAAGUUAUGGAAGUUUCUGGUAAACUAAAACCAAAAAAGACUCUUUCUCUUUCACGAGGUUCAGCUGAGGACUUUUUAUUGUUCUGUAUCCCGUGUGAUAGAGAUGGUGUCCGGGUACCAGCAAAAGGUUAUUGUUUAACCUGUACAGAACAUCUUUGUGACACUUGUUACAAGCACCACAAGAAACAAACUCCAUCACGUCAUCAUAUUCUACUAGAUCAAGACUCUAUGCCAACUACACCAAGCGUUCCAAUCGUCAAAGACGAAUUUGAUAGUUGUGAUGAUCAUGAAGACGAAAAACUAAAAUUUUACUGCAGGGAUCACGACAUCGUUGUUUGCAGUGUUUGUACAACAAUAGAUCAUAGGACCUGCAAUGUGGAAUACAUACCAAAACUCUCGAAAUAUAUUCUAGACAGUGAAGAACUUAAUGAAACAAUGACAGAAAUGAAAGCACUGGAGGAUAAUUAUAAAUCACAGAUAAAGAGAGUAAAAGACGAGAUAAAAGCUAUUUCUCAAAAUCACGAUGACGUAAUAAAGGCGAUUCGUCAAUUCAGAAUAGAAAUCAAUACAUGUCUAGACAAAAUGGAGAAACGUGUUGUCAAAGAAGCAGACAACAUACUUCUUAAACAACAAACGAAUCUAAAUGUUUUAUCAAUGGAGGUACAAACAAUCACAAACGAACUGGUUGAAAAACAAGCACGACUACAUAAAUUGAUACAAAAAAAUCGCCUUGAUAAAUUGUUCGUUGAAAUGAUAGACGCAAAGAAACGACUCAAAGAAAUGAGGGCUAGGCAAAAACAACAUAGUCUAACAGAUGAUUUUCAAACUGUAUCAUUUGUCAAAAACAUGUACAUUGUCGAUGUGAUAGAUAGGCACCAGAAACUUGGAGAACUUAUAACAAUGAAUACAUCCAUGGUUACACAAUAUACGGAUAAGACGCUAAAACUUGAAGUUGUUGAAGAUAUUAAUAGUUCCUCACUUGGUGAAAAGAUAAGUGACAUAACUGGGAUGGACGUUCUGCAGUCAGAUAAAAUGGUUGUCUGUGAGUUUUCAAAAAGGAAAGUAAAAUGCUUUGAUACAGUACAAAAGAGAAUUACCUCAGAGAUACAGCUAAGUAAAUCACCGUUUGAUUUGGCAGCUAUUACCACUGACAAAUUCGUCGUCACUGUACCUGAUGAAAGAAGUAUUCAUUUCAUGUCGUUAACAAAUAGACAGAUAACAUCUGAUCUCCAGGUAAAUGUCAAUGAGAGGUGUCAUGGCAUUGCUUGCAGCAGAGCUAAAAUUGUUGUUUCAUGUAUUGCAGUUCCAGGAAAAGUUUUAGUUCUUGAUCUGCAUGGUAAAAUAUUGCAAAGUCUAAGUGGAGAUACUAUUCUGUUUAGCUUACCUUAUUAUAUCGUCGUUAAUUCUGCUGGGACGUCUAUAUAUGUGAGUGACCGUGGUAAUCCUGUAAUGGCUAUAAAACAAUUUGAUUGGCAGGGGAACGUUACGAAUACCUAUCAACCAACACAGGACGGAGAAAAUUUAAGAGAUAUUUGUGAAUUAGAUGAUGGCACAUUUCUUGUGUGUAUGAAUCAAGAUAGUGGCGACAAUUUGCGGAGAGUAUCAGACAACUGUAAGUCGUGUAAGAUAACGAUAAAUGAGAAACUUGGCAAUUGGUACCCGAAAGCAGUGGCGUACUGUAGGAAAACUAGAAAGCUGUAUGUGUCCUAUCAUGAAAAGAUGUCACCUUUGUCUACUAGACCAAAAUAUCGGAUAAAGGUGUUCUCGGUUGACUGGUGUUAAUCAACUUAGGAAUGUGAUUUGAACUUGUAGUUGUGUAAAAAUAGAGCAUAUAUUUGCUCAUGUUCAUGUUAAUACAAUUCAGUACAACACGAAAUAUUAUACAAUUAUUAUAAAUAUACAAUACAAAACUUAUUCAAUGCAACACAAUACAAUACAACACAAUGGAAUAUAUAUUUAUUUAAUCAUCAGUUUAUUUUAAACAUAUUUUACAACUUAUAUGUACACUACAGUGUAAAAGUAUUAUAUAAGUUGUACAAAAAUGUAGUUAAACGUAAAUUUAUCACGACGAUUCACCACAAUCAAAUAUUUUUAAAAAAAACGUUCUUUUAAAGCUGAUAUGUUAUCAAGUCCUGAAAAGCAAAACAAAUAUUUGAGAUCAAAUAUACUUGUACGUACUUAACAUUAGGCUAAAUGGAAAAUUUGAACAUCAUACAUUGUCAAAUUGUACAUUUUUUUGCAAGCAAUAUAUAAAAUGUCCAUUCAGUUGAACAAUACCGAAACUUUGAUUUGUAUCGGUUUCCAUAUGAUGUUAUAAUACAUUUUUGAUAUAUUGUAUGUAAAUUAUGUAACUUUCCUUAAAACGUGUGAGAGGAUUGAUGAAAAAGUUAUUGCCCCGAUCUGCUUCGGUAGUCAUUGAACCCAACUAAUGGUCUUACUUUUCAAUUUAAUCGCCCUCUACAUCAAUACUUUUUGCCCACCUGUGCUCCAACUUGUUUAACCCUUCCAAAUAAAAUUCCCUAUUUUGGUCUUCAAAGAACUCAUUGACCGCCUCCAUGACAUCUUCAUUGCUUCCAAAACGUCUACCACGAAGCUUGGUUUUUAUUUUCGGAAACAGGUAGAAGUCAGAAGGGGCCAAGUCCAGAAAAUAUGGAGGAUGGGGAAGAUUUUCAAAGUCGCAGUUAGUUACAGCAGCAAUCGCAACUUGGGAUGUGUGAGCUGGCGCAUUGUCGUGCAGGAGAAGAAUGCCUCGAGUCAGUUUGUCCCUCCUUUUACGCGCGAUUUCUUGACGCAGAUGUAUCAAUUCAUCCAAUUAUGGUACAACCUUGCUCAAGAUAGUCAAUCAUGAUUAUCCCCUGACUAUCCCAAAAAUUGAAGCCAUAAUCUCUGAUGGCACGCUCUUGAAUUUCUCCGCAGGGGGUGAGCUUGGGUGUUUCCACUGCAUGCUCUUUUUUUUAGAUUCUGGAUCGAAGUUGUGGAUCCAUGUAUCAUCCUGAGUUACGAUCCGGUAGAAAAAAUCAGGUUCAUCCUCGUAACGAGACAAAAGAUAUCUUGAAAUGUCAAGGCUGGUCCGUUUCUGGUCGUCAGUCAACUGUCUGGGGACCCAUCUAGCGGAACCUUUGACAUGCCAAAGACAUCAGUCAGAAUUGCCUGAACUGAACAAAAGCUUAUACACACUCCCAAACAAUGCUUCGCAGGUCUCGCCUUCUGUCGCACAUGACUAGAUCGUGCACAGCUUCGGCAUUUCAUCG